AUUUGUUGAUUAACCAUUUUGCCUCACGAAAUUAUUACCGCCACAACAGUAUAUUCUAACCUAUCAACGAAUAUUUGAUGACAACUGACAUCAGCGAGUUAUUCGAUCAUAGACAAAGUAAUACUAGACUGCACUUUCAAUAAAAUUAGUGUUCCAAUAUUGAAAUAAUAUACAAAGUUACGGUAGAACUAUCUCUAUAAAGAGUUCCUUUUAAUUUCUUAUAUCGUACUCUUUCCACCGUUAUAUUUUAUUACUCCCUUAUCUCGGUUCAUUGUGCGGUGACAGUGGAACAAAGAUAGUUCUAACUUAGACCCAUAGAUCAACCACAUCUUAAACCCAUAAUGUAAAGACUACAAAGUGUGUUCUUCCCGAGUGCUCAUUUUCGAUUCGUUCCGCGCAUCUCUUUGGGAAUAAAUUCUCAUUGGCUGUUUCCCAGCUGGUGCGCAAUAGCACAUAUUGUAUUGUAGUCUUUACAUCAUGCUUAGACCAGAAGCUGUUUCUUUCUAAACUAGGAACAUUUUUUCUAUAUAGAAAUUAUAUACCCUGGUAUGUUCUGUGUAUUCAGUGGUCUAGAAUUACUACGUCUAUGUAUUCGCUGCAUGAAAACACCUCUUAACAAUUAGGUCCCAAAAAACAGUAGUAACAUAACCAACACAAAAUGGUUUAUUAAACAAGAUACAAAAAUGUUGAAGAGUGUUUCAGAAGUUAUUAAAGAGCGUGAAGAUUUUCUCCAUCAUCUAAAUAACGAUAUCAAUAAAUAUGAUCAGAAUAUUCAAGAAUUAACUAAAGAACAAGAAAACUUAGAUACCUUAAUAACAAAUUUAAAAUCACUUAAAACAUAUCCAGAACACGAAGCCUUAAUUCCGUUAGGUAAAAAUAUUUAUAUGAAAGGUAAAAUUGUUCAUACUGGGGAAUUCUACAUCAAGAAAACUGCUUAUCCGAAUCCAUUAGUUUUGCUACAAUCAGCUGAUAGAACUAUAUCUUGUCUUGAAGAAGAAAAAAAGGAUAAAGAAAAUGAAAUCGAUAAAGCCGAGUAUGCUAAAUUUCAAAUAGAGGAAAGAGUAAGAUUGUUAAAAGGUGAAGAAACAUUUAAUGAUAAUAGUGAUUUGCCCAAGGAAAUUAAAUCUAACAAAGGUGUCGCUGUGAGGGUUGGUGAUUAUUAUGAGAUAUUGGAGUUUGAAGAGUAAUAUCUUAUGAAUAGAUUUAUAUAAUCAUAAAGGACCUCGGAGAGAAGAGUAUAGAAAACGUUUGUCAACUCUAGAUUAUAAGGUAUUUCCACUUAGUUGUUUUUCAUGAAAUUUGUAAUCAAUUAUAAAAGUUUCUAAAAGUAGGUAUUUGGCAAUUGUAAAUUGUAGUGGAAAAAAAGUCUUAUCAUUCUUAAGUUCUGUAAUAAAGUAUUUAUUACAUAAA